AUGACGGGGAGGGCAAUGAUGGGACCUUCAACGCAUAUGUUGGGUUGGGCCGCGACAUUGUGCGGGUGGCUCAUGGGGGCGCUACUGCCAGAAGUGACUGGACUCUGGGACGAGCAUCAAAUGUUCUGUGCACACUUCGACCUUGCGAAUGAUGCGGUUUGGGUGGAUGCAACGAUUUUCUAUGAUCAGGUCAUGGUCAAGAGUACAAUUCUCAGCGUUGCUGGUAAGCUCAUGGGCUACGCAGCAACCGGUGAGGCCACCGGCACAACGAUUAUGGAACUGCAAAGCUUUGUCCGUGCCUAUUUCAGGUCAAAGGAAAGAUACGGCUUGAUACCUGCGCGUAUCCUGAGGGCUGCUUGUGGAGACCUGACGUCCCAGCGAUCUCUCGCUUGGAUAGUCCAGGAAGAGUUCAAUCAGCUGGUUACAGGUGCCGUAGAAAGUUUGUUGCUUCGAGUGUCUGAGAGUCUGCCAUUUUCCCUCCACGGUCUCGUGUUCACCGGCGGCUGUGCCCUAAACGUUAUCACCAACCAGCUAGCUUUCGAACGAUUCACCGACCGCGGUGCCGCAGUCUCCAAGACGAUCGUGGAAGUCCUCCCCAGCAACUUGAGGGUCAAGGACUUCCACGUCCCCCCCGCCCCGAACGACUCUGGGCUGUCGGCAGCUGGCCUGUGGUCGAUAGCGUCUCCACAGCAGCACCAGCAACUGCAAUAUUUGGGGUUCGGCCUCUGGGAUGAAGAGGCUUUGGAAGCAUCAGCAGCAGAAUGGAAAGCAGUUCGCCUCAGUUUUCUGGGAGGUGUGGACUACCUUGCUGCCCUACUUGCAGGUGAGAACCGAACAAGGAAGCCCAUUGUUGCCGUGGUACGCGGACGCCAAGAGUUUGGACCACGGGCUUUGGGUCACCGGUCGCUGCUGGCACUGCCCGAAGGCACUGAGAUAAAAGACCGGUUGAAUAGGCUCAAGUUCCGACAAUGGUACCGGCCAGUGGCCCCGAUGAUCGCAGAUGAAGACUUGGAGGCUGUCUUUGGCUACGUGGCUAAAUCUCCCUACAUGUACCUUGGAUGCAUGGCGAUUUCG